AUGCCAUCAGUGGAAGAAAGUGUAGCUACAAUUAAGUCAGAGUUGAAGUAUUUGAAGGAGCAAGGUGCAUUAGCAGAGUUAGCAUAUAAGGAUAUUGAAUCGUUGUUACCAAGAGUAAGACCACAACCACCAGUAGCAGAUACGAUGGGUCAAAAUAACGAGAUUGUGGAAGCACUAUAUGCAUUUCAACCACAACAGGAUGGUGAUUUAGCUUUGAAACCGGGAGAUAAGAUCGAGAUCUUGGAAAAGUUAAGUCCUGAGUGGUACAAGGGCAAAUGCAAUGGUCAAGUCGGUGUGUUCCCAAGCAAUUAUGUGAAGUCAGUUGACACGAAAGAUGUCGAAAAGAGAAGCUCUUCUGCAACUCCGGUUGCAAAUCUGCCUCAAUAUGCGGCAUAUACUCCACCUGGACAGCAGAUGCAAGUUCAGCCGCCAGUACAACAACAAUCACCAUUCCCACCACAGUUUACCGGUUAUUACCAGCAACCAGUGCAACAACAGCCAAUGCAACAAUACCCUCAACAGCAGCCUCAAGAACAACCUCAAGAACAAAGCAGUCAUCAAGGCUCCGCAGCAUUUAAGAAGUUCGGAAGUAAAUUGGGAAAUGCUGCCAUUUUUGGUGCCGGUGCCACCAUUGGUUCUGAUUUGGUGAACAGCAUCUUUUAG